CGGAACCUCGUCAGACUCCUCAAAAAGCCUUAAAAGUACUCACAGCAUGAUUCUGAUCGAUGUUUUUACGCUGCAGUUUCAUCAAGUCCCAGACUUGGGUCAAACAAAAUACGCGAUUCUUUCUCACACGUGGGGAAUUGACGAAGUCAAUUACAGAGAGUUCUGCAACCCUGAGAAAGCGAGAUCUAAAUCUAGUUAUGAAAAGAUAGCCAAGACAUGUCAACUUGCAGCAUCGCGAGGAUUACAAUACGUCUGGAUCGAUACAUGCUGCAUCGACAAAAGCAGCAGUGCAGAACUGACUGAGGCGAUCAAUUCUAUGUUCCAAUGGUACAAGGACGCUGAAGUCUGCUUCGCCUAUAUAUCUGAUCUUUCUCCAAACAAUGGAGGCCCGGCCCUCGACUGGCUCAAUAGCGGUCACUAUCGAUGGUUCACACGAGGCUGGACUCUGCAAGAACUGGUGGCAGCGGACAAGAUUGAAUUCUACGAUGCAGACUGGGGUUAUCGCGGAGAUAAAGCUACUCUGAUGCGUCAACUUCACCGAGUCACCGUAAUUGAUGAGCAAGUGUUGACUGACAGCAAUAUUCUGGCCGAAAUUCCGGUGGCGAGGAAGAUGUCUUGGGCCAGCAGCCGACACACAACGAGGACCGAAGACAUGGCAUACUGUCUCCUUGGCCUCUUUGAUAUCAGCAUGCCUAUGAUCUAUGGCGAGGGCGAUCGAGCUUUUAUUAGGCUCCAAGAAGAGAUAGCCAAGGAGACAAAUGAUUUGUCCUUGUUCGCGUGGACUUCGAAAGAAGAGAACGAUUCGGAGGGCUUCAGGGGCAUGUUCGCCCGAUCGCCAGCAGAAUUCGCUGAUUGUCGGAAUAUUGUACGAUGGGCUGACUUCCUGGCACCGCGCCCAGAGUUUGUAAUCACCAAUCACGGAGUUCGUCUCGAGACCAGCUUGGGUUUGGCAGAGAACAAACGAUUUGUACUGGAUCUGGGUUGCUGUGGCGAUGCGAUUCGAGGUGAGCGGCUGGGGAUCUACCUUCACCAGACAGGGUCCAAGUUUGUUCGCCAGCACCCAGAUAAACUCUACUACACGCGAGACCCCCGCUUAUGGGUCGGAAGGAAAUCUACAGUCUACAUACAAAAGCGCUUAAGUCCCGAGGAGAAGCAAAGAAUACGUCUAGAGCUAGCGAGUCGUAUUUAUAUACGAUUUUCAGCCCGGCAGCUUGGUGAUUACAUUCUUCGGGACAUGACGACAUAUCCUGGAGCUCUAUGGAAUCCCCAGGGGGAAUACUUCCUUACUAUGGAAUCCGUUACAUCACAAGCAGCCACACCAAGCACGAUCUAUCCUCGCUUCAUUGGUUUCCGUGGCUUCGAUGUUCGCCACAGGGGCGCCGGACAUAUAUGCAGCUGUCUCGUCGUCUGUGGGAUUUUUGAAGACCUUCACGGCAGCGAUCGACCUUGCGCCGUCAUCUACACUGAUACAGAGCCCAGCACCAAGGGUGUUUUCGAGGCCAUCGCGGCAAACAAAGGAGAAACCAACGGUGUUCUGCUAAGUCAGAUUAGAGACUUUCUUAUUUCCAAGCAUUCUCCAGAUGGUAGCACGCUGUGCUGGAAUGAUGUUUCUAAUCGCGAGGUGCAAAUCGCUCAAAUGAUCAUUCGAUUAGACAUCAGGCUGACUCGUGGAUUUUCGAUUUCAGUCGGGGACAGCGGUGGGUGCGGCGAUCUCUCGGACAUCGAGCGAAUGGAUAUGAAUAAUCAAGGUCAAGAUAUAGCAUUUCUGCCAGCUGAUUACUCAGGAGAAAGACAAUAUGUUGUUUCUAUUCUCAUAGGUCAAAAUGUCAGAGGGAGACGAUCAAUCUAG